AUGAGUGAAAUUCGAGAUGCUGAAUCCUCCUCAAAAGAGGGCCGAGAUUCCAUGUCGUUUGCACAGCUCAUGGAACUGAGAGAACGAGAAUCCACUCCCACAGACCCAAGUCGAUGGUCCAUUUCCUACGAGCAGCUCUUGGAGAUCGACAACUUGGUUCGCAAAAAGAGUCGAUUUCGGGGCGUGCCAUCGGCCAUGACCAUGAGAGACGUUAACGAAACCAUCAUCGUUCCUCGUUGUCGAGCAACCAAAACAUCCUAUGCGGCCAGUCUCAAUCCAAAGGGUUUGGAAAUGGAUUCCUUCGUAUCACACUGUUGGUGCGUAAGAACUGCACUGCUCCUGUAUGCGUACUGA